GUUGUCAUUUUUGACAGUUAACCUAACCACAUGUUUUUAUUAAUUAUUAAUUAAUUAUUAUUAAAAUGGAUGAAAACCAACAAAGUAAUAUUAAUUUUAUACCUUGUGUUAAAUGGGUUAAACAAGGUAUUGCUAAAAGUAACCCAGAAAAGGUUCAAUUAACCAAAGAAGAAUUAGCUGAAAUAAUCAAUGAAACAAAAUCAAAGCUACAAAUUGCUGAGGAAAAGGAAGGAGGUCCUUCAGAAGAAACUUCAAUGCCGGUUGAUGAUGAAUUUAGCCUUGAAAAGUAUGAUGAAGAAGCUGAUACGGAAGAAAAUCCUUUAGGGAUAGCUGCUUUAGCUGAGUUACCAAAUGAGGCUGAUGCAAACUUUGAUGAUAGUGAUGAUUCUGAUAAAGAAGAUGAUUUAAUUAAAAAGGAUGAUAAUUUGGUUCUUGUUGGAAGGGUUGAAGGAGAUGCAGGCGUCUUGGAAGUUUAUGUGUAUAAUGAGUCAGAAGGUUCCUUGUAUGUACACCAUGACUUUCUCCUACCGGCGUUUCCUUUAGCAAUUGAAUGGCUUGAUCAUGAACCUGGACAAGCUCCAGGAAAUUAUUGCGCAAUAGGAUCAAUGAAUCCUGUUAUCGAUAUUUGGGAUUUAGAUAUAAUAAAUUGUUUAGAACCAGCUUAUUCUUUAGGACAACCGGCUAAAAGAAAAAAGAAUCAACCACACAUUGGUCAUAAAGACGCUGUUUUAGCUUUAUCAUGGAAUAAAAAUUUCCAUCACAUCUUAGCUAGCGGUUCAGCAGAUAAUUUGGUUAUGUUAUGGGAUAUUGAUCAAUGUGAACCAAGUGUUAUCAUUAAGUCUUUUCUCAAACAAGUUCAAUGUAUGGAAUGGCAUAAAUUGGAAGCUCAAACUUUAUUAGCCGGAUCAAGUGAUAAAACAGCAAGAGUUUUUGAUUGUAGAAACCCUGAAACGCAUCAAACAUGGGUUUUGAAAGGGGAAGCUGAAAAAGUUUAUUGGAAUCCUUUAGAACCAUUCGUUUUCUUUGCUGGAACAGAUAAUGGGUUUGUACAAUGCUUUGAUUGUCGGAAAGGAGAGUUAUGGGAGAUUGAAGCACAUUCUGAAGAAAUUUCUGGCUUGGUUAUUAGUAGUCAAUGUCCAGGGAUGUUAUUGACAACUUCUUCAGAUGGUUUACUUAAAACUUGGGAUUUUAAAGAUAAGGAUAAACCAAUUUUGGUGCAUGAAAAAGAUUUAAAAUUGGGAAAAGUACUUUCAUUGGAUAUUUCCCCAAAUUCUCCAUUUACUGUAGCUGCUGGUGGUGACAAAAAAAGUAAUAAUUUUAAAGUUUUAGAUUUGCUAAGUAUUGACACAGUGAAACAUGUAUUUGGAUCAAGAGAAUUAACACAAUUAGUGACCCCAGAAGAAAGUAUGAAUGGAUAAUUAUUUUUUAAAUAAAUAUUUUUAAUAAAA